GCCUUUGGCGUAGAGGCCAACAUAGGCCACCGACCCCCUCAGGAAAACGCCAUCAGAGAAUCCAAAGGCAGCAGAGAGAGAACAGGAGCUCCUCCGAAGGUGGCCAUCAUGGAGAUGGAAUUUGAGACAAAGGGAAAGAAGCAAGUAAAUGUUUACUAUGUAAAUGCCCCUGUCUCUUGUGUGGUGGAAGAGAAUUUUGGAGGAUUUUUCCAUGGUUAUAAUGUUUCCGCUCUUCCAGCUCAGGAAAGUGUCUACAAAUCCUUCCAAAGAAAUACUCAGAGUGAUGUGAGGAGAGCUUCCUCAAGUAAUAAUUCUAGACAUAAUCAUGAUCAUGUCCCAAGGGAGGCAGAAAGAAAUUCUUCAAAAACUGCAAAUGUCGAGUUACAGCUAGCUAUAGAUGAAGCUCUAGCUAGAGAAUUGCAAGAGUUGGAGAAUCAGUUUGCUGAUACUUCCCUUGGUGGAAUUACUGGAACAGAAGCUGAUAAAAACCCCACACAAUCCUCCUCGGCUAAUAUUGAAUGCAAUCCUGCAAGCUCAUCUGUUCAGGUUGCGCCGGAUGAUGUAGACCCAGAUAAUAUGACUUAUGAGGAAUUACAACGGCUAGGUGAAGCUAUAGGAACUGAAAGCAGAGGAUUAUCUGAUGAGUUUAUAUCCUUUCUGCCAACUUCAACAUACAAGAUUGGUUUAUUCUCAAAGAAAGAAAAACAUGAGGAAUGUGUGAUCUGCUAUAUGGCUUAUAAGAACCGAGAUAAAUUGAUCACGUUGCCUUGCCAACAUCACUAUCAUAAAACUUGUAUCUCGAAAUGGUUAAAGAUCAACAAGGCAUGCCCAGUAUGCAAUGUGGAGGUUUUUGGUUCUUAAUGUAUACAUAUCAAAGCUGCAAGUGAUUAGUUUAUGUUGGCAUGAACUAUCUCUAUCCUUUUGGAUGGCACCUGAACCAUAUAAUGGCGAUAUAGGUUGUUUAAUGUAAUCAGAGAUCUUUUUGCACUGUAAUCAGAGAUCUUUUUAGAUGGGAAAGAUGUUUUCAUGCCAUAAUGAUGCAGUGCCAUUAUUCACUGCUUUAUGUUUCGUUGCGUAA